AUGGAAAGGUUGUUUAGUGAAAUUAGUAAUACAUAAAGAAGUAUAACACGGAAAAGUCAUUCAAAAAUAACAAAAGAGAAGUAAUCAGCCCAACUACAACAACAAUUAGCAGCAACAAUAAGCAGAGAGGAGCCCAGAGUAAAGAAAAAAAUAAAAUAAAAAAAAUAAAUAACAAAACAUAAGAGAAGAAUUGUUCGCCGCGCUCCGAUUAGUGAUAAAUUUUGUUGUAAGCGAAUAGUAAAGAAAAAGAAAACAAUAUUUUUUGUUGAUUGCUUUUAUAAGUAUUUUCUGAAAGAUUUGGUGUGAGCGGUGGAUAAGGAUGAUGUUAAUGGUAUCGUGUUAUUAUAAAAAAAAGAGAAGAACCAGCACAAUUACUGUUGUAGUGAGUUCAGUACUCAAAUAGAACAAGUGGAACAACUGUAGAUACUUUAAACCGAACACUCUAUAUCCCUACCGCACAAACUGCAACUGUUAUUAUAACAUUAUUAUUACCAGCUUACAACAAAACUGAUAAAUAAACGUGAAAAUAUGCAAUAAAUUUUCCAUUCAUUCAAAAUUUUACAAGAAAGUUUUUUCCGAGCUAAUUUUCACAUAAUUCAUGAUUUAUAAACAGAAAGACGAACUAAAUACAACCGUGUUUUGAGGAAGGGUUACGAGAAUUCAAAAACAAUAUUGCAUUUGCGAGAAGGCAAAAGUAACUCAGUCUAUAAAGACACAGUACGUAUAAGCUCAAUAACAUAAAUAAUGAAGAAAAAAAAGAGCUUCUCGAUUUAGAAAAAGCAAAAGACAAUAAACGUUUCUAUUUAAUAAUAACUGAACGUUUGCAAGCAGAUUAGAUAUAUUGUGAUGGAUCUGUGCGUUGUCUGCAAAUUAUCUGUUUUGUUGAAUAAUGGCUGGCGGUGAUAAUAUCGAAGCAAAUCAUUACUCCUACAAGAACAAGCUAAUCUGAAGAAAUUGGAUUCUUUUAAAGGAGUCUAACAUGUGAAUUUUGUCUGGUAACGAUUUACAAUAACUCGAAUUUGAUUAUCAGAUUAGAUAAUUUUUGUUUUUUCGGGGAUAUGUUUUGAAAACAGCGAUCUCAUGCGUUGAAUGGUGCGAUUUAAUCGUACGUAUCUUCAUUCGAUAUAAUUUCAAAGGAUUUUUUGUAACAAAAACCCAACAAAACCGAGCUGCCAAUCAAACGCGACGAGCAGCGAGCCGAGCAUCUAACACUCUACAGUGAUUAUAUAUAAAGUUUUCCUUCAAAUUUUAUCGGCUAGAAGAAAUAGACUGUUUAUUAAUAAUAGAAGAUAGACAGAGAGAGAGAGAGAGAACGAGAACGAGAGUGUGAUAAUGACAAUUAUACUUUUCCUGGUCGACACAUCGUCGUCCAUGUGCCAGAAAGCUUAUGUGAAUGGUGUGCAAAAGUCAUAUUUGGAUAUUGCUAAAGGAGCUGUCGAGACAUUUCUAAAAUAUAGGCAGCGUACCCAGGAUUGUUUGGGUGAUCGCUAUAUGCUGUUGACAUUUGAAGAGCCGCCGUCUAAUGUGAAAGCCGGGUGGAAAGAAAAUCACGCCACUUUUAUGAAUGAGUUAAAAAAUCUACAGAGCACUGGUUUGACGUCUAUGGGAGAGUCGUUAAAGAAUGCUUUUGAUUUGUUAAAUUUAAAUCGCAUGCAAUCUGGCAUUGACACUUACGGGCAAGGACGGUGUCCGUUUUAUUUGGAGCCUUCCGUAAUAAUUGUAAUAACAGACGGCGGACGUUAUUCUUAUCGUAAUGGAGUGCAUCAGGAUAUAAUAUUACCCUUAAACACUCAAAUUCCAGGCACCAAGUUUACCAAAGAACCGUUCCGUUGGGAUCAGCGAUUGUUUUCUUUGGUAUUGCGUAUGUCAGGAAAUAAAAUUGAUGAACGAGUGGAAGGCAAAGUUCCGCAUGACGAUUCCCCAAUAGAACGAAUGUGUGAAGUGACUGGGGGCCGUUCUUAUCGAGUCCGUUCUCAUCACGUGCUUAAUCAAUGUAUUGAGAGUUUGGUACAGAAAGUACAGCCGGGUGUUGUUCUUCAAUUCGAGUCUUUAAUACCUAAAGAUCCCAAUAAUUUGUCCAGCGAAGCUAUGCAAGAUUUAGUAUUUCAACCUUUAAAGAAAAUGAUUUACGUACAAAAACAUUUAUCGCAAAAAACUUUCCCAAUAGGCUUCUGGCCUCUUCCAGAACCAUAUUGGCCGGAUCCGAAAGCAGUAACGCUGCCGCCACGAGAUGCUCAUCCAAAAUUAAAAAUUGUAAUGCCAGCUGUAGACGAACCACAAAUGGUGCAUAAUUUUCCUGUUGAUAAAUACGAAAUUGAAGCGAGUCCGUUAACAUUGCAGAUAUUGCAGAAAAGAGAAUUGAAGAAAUGCUGGCAAGUCAUAAUAUCGAAUGGUAUGCACGGUUUUGAGUUACCAUUCGGAUAUUUAAAAGCAUCAUCGACCUCCUCUCAGGUUCAUUUGUACGUUCUGGCUUAUAAUUAUCCAGCAUUAUUGCCACUGCUUCACGAUCUCAUUCAUAAGUAUAAUAUGAGCCCACCAAACGAUUUGAUGUACAAAUUUAAUGCAUACGUUCGCUCUAUACCGCCAUAUUAUUGUCCGUUUCUGCGAAAAGCGUUGCUAACAAUUAGCGUCCCAUAUCAAUUACUACAGUUUCUGCUACCGGAUAACGUAGACAAUUAUCUUUCGCCCAAUAUUGCGAAUCAAUUGAAGCACAUUAAAAAUACAGCCAAGCAAGAUCAGGAGAAUCUUUGUAUGAAGGUGUAUAAGCAAUUGAAACAACCGAAGCCGCCGUAUCGGCAAGUGGAGACGGCUAAAUUAAACCCAGGAGUGCCGUUAAGAAGAGAUCUUGUACGUCACCCUUUACUACGCGACACGUUUACCAAAUUACAUGCUGAAAUCGAGACUCUAGAAAAUUAUACAAUUGUAGUGCCGCAGCUCACACGACAAGCGUCAGCCAAAUCAUAUCGAAAUCCAUUUGAUAUACCUCGACGCGAUAUAAUCGAAGAGAUUGGACGUAUGCGGGAAGCUUUCUUUAAGCCUCAGUCUGUAAGUUUAAUAGCAAAAGAUUCUGGCCAUUGCCUGCCUAUUGCCGAAAUGGGCAACUAUCAAGAGUAUCUUAAGAAUAAGGAUAAUCCUCUGCGUGAAAUCGAGCCAACAAAUGUUAGGCAGCAUAUGUUUGGCAAUCCUUAUAAAAAAGACAAGCAUAUGGUUAUGGUAGAUGAAGCCGAUUUAAGUGAAGUGGCGCCGAUGAAGGGAAAUAACGGUGCCACUGGCCCUGGAGGAUCUGUCGGGCCCUCAAAUAUAGCCAAGAAAAUUGAAUCAUCUCGACCACGAAAACGUAAGGCUGGACCGCUUCGCAUGGAUUACGUUUUCAGACGUAUUUCAAUGGAUUCACGCCCUCGCACUCCCACAUCAAAUUCCGGUCUCUCUUCACCUAGCUCGGUAGUGUCUUCUUUAUCAAGUUUGGAUAAUGAGGACAACGAUUCUGAUACGUCUUCAAUUGGUUCAAGCAUGACGGAAGAUGGUGAUUCCGAUCGUUUAGUUGUUGCUUUUCCCGAUUUUUCAGAUGAAGAGACUACGGACAACUAUUUUCCUCUUAACGGUUACGUCAGAGACUUUAUUAACGGUGUAGGUACAGAAAAUAGUUGUGAUAAUAGCAAUGCCGACGUAGUGAGUGGGUCAUCUGUGCUGGUCACUAGUAUCGUAGGAUUGUCAUCGCCGACACUCGAACAAUCCCCAUCAAUAUCGAACGGAAACUCAUCGCCAAGCCAACAAACCCAUCCAGCACUUUUACCUGCCGCUUCUGCACAUCAUUACAUGGUUAGCUAUGGUAUUAGCUCUUCCGAUUCUUUAACGGCAUCCUCACCGCCCACUGGUAUAAUGAGUCCUUAUAUGGGUGUGGCGCCACAACAUCAACAGCCGGUAAAUGGUGGUAUAUUCAACAGUUCACAUCUACAUGGUGCACUGGUAAAUACUGCAUCGACAGUGAAUCUCCCUUCAACGGCGGGAUAUAAUCACUAUUCACCGUAUCCUCAUAAUGAUAUCAACGACGCUCAGGAGAUAUCACGAAUAUUGCAACAAUGUCAUAACGGCAACGCUAGCAAUGGAAAUAAUAUUACGCCCGCAGUAGAGCCCAGAGCUUGCAGUUCUGAUAAUGUAAAAUUAGAUUCGGAAUCUGCCCUUAUGCCACCGCCAAAUGCUGCGAAUACAUUCAACACUGCCAGUGCAACAUCACACAGCUUCGAUUCCCUAAAACGUGAAUUGAGCGGCAAUAACGGUGAUAUCAAUUGUCACAUGAGUAAUCAUCAUUUCACAAAUCAUAACAACAAUCAUGUCCUUACUGAUGAGCAACGCGAAUUGGCGCGUAAACAUAAUUUAGAUUUGCGGGCUCAAGUGUUUCGCGAUAUACGACGACCAGGCCGCAAUUACACGCAGCUGUUAAAUCAUUUAAAUUUAAUGAAGGGUGACUUGGAUAUGAAAUCGAGUUUCGUACAAAUGUGUAUUAGCGAGUCGUUACGAUUUCGGCGUAAGCAAAUGGUCAACAGCAUUCAAGAGUGGUGGGAAAAGAAACAAGAACAAUUGCAGACCAUAAGUUAACAAUUUCCGGAUCAAUUUAGGCCUUUGUUAACAACGGUCGAUUCUCCCGAAUGUGGCCCCUUACGAUGGUAACAUACAAACAGAUACAGAUAUACAGACACACACACACACACACACACACACACACACAAACGGUUCAAACAUCUGAAUCAAUUAAAUGCAAUGUAAGACUGUAAAGCGCCUCCAAUUAGGUUCGAAAUUGUCACUUAAUUGGACUGGAUUGCAAACUUUGGACAGAGUAUAAUCGAAGAAACACGAACAAACAAUGUAAUGUACAAUUUGUAAUAUUCUUUAAAAAUGUUUCAUUUUAUUUUUUAAUUUUUUAAUUUCUUUCUUUGCGAUUUGAUGUACUUUACGGUCACGGCAUAAAGUUGUGCCGUCCUUAUUGAAACAGAAACAUCAUGUCAUCAUAUUAAUACGAUUUUAAUUAUUAUAUCGAACUCUUUCCUAAUUUGUUCAUAUUUUUCUUUUCGAAU